GACUCGCGCUCAUUGGACGCGAGAGCAGGAGGGGCGGGUACUAGGUACAGUGGGAGCUGCUGUGUGAGGAGGAGCUGCUGCCGGUGUCAUGGCGGAGCUGAGUGAAGAGGCGCUGCUGUCAGUGUUACCGACGAUCCGUGUCCCCAAGGCGGGAGACCGGGUCCACAAAGACGAGUGCGCUUUCUCUUUCGACACGCCGGAGUCUGAGGGUGGCCUCUAUAUCUGCAUGAACACAUUCCUGGGAUUUGGGAAGCAGUAUGUGGAGAGACAUUUCAACAAGACAGGCCAGCGUGUCUACCUGCACCUCCGGAGGACCCGGCGACCGAAAGAAGAGGACACCAGUGCAGGCACUGGGGACCCACCUCGGAAGAAGCCCACCCGGCUGGCUAUUGGUGUUGAAGGUGGGUUUGACCUCACCGAGGACAAGUUUGAAUAUGAUGAGGAUGUGAAGAUUGUCAUUUUGCCAGAUUACCUGGAGAUCGCUCGGGAUGGGUUGGGGGGACUUCCCGACAUUGUCAGAGAUCGGGUGACCAGUGCGGUAGAAGCUCUGCUUUCAGCUGAUUCAGCCUCUCGAAAGCAGGAGGUGCAGGCUUGGGAUGGGGAAGUCCGUCAGGUGUCUAAACAUGCCUUCAACCUCAAGCAGUUGGACAACCCUGCUCGGAUCCCUCCCUGUGGCUGGAAGUGUUCCAAGUGUGACAUGAGAGAGAACCUGUGGCUCAACCUGACAGACGGCUCCAUCCUCUGUGGCCGACGCUACUUUGAUGGCAGUGGGGGCAACAACCACGCCGUGGAGCACUACAGGGAGACAGGCUACCCCUUGGCUGUUAAGCUGGGCACCAUCACACCCGACGGAGCCGAUGUGUACUCGUAUGACGAGGAUGACAUGGUCCUGGACCCGAGCCUGGCAGAGCACUUGGCUCACUUUGGCAUCGACAUGCUGAAGAUGCAGAAGACGGACAAGACAAUGACUGAGCUGGAGAUAGACAUGAACCAGCGGAUUGGUGAGUGGGAGCUGAUCCAGGAGUCAGGCGUGCCACUCAAGCCUCUGUUUGGGCCUGGUUACACGGGCAUCCGGAACCUGGGUAACAGCUGCUACCUCAACUCCGUGGUCCAGGUGCUCUUCAGCAUCCCUGACUUUCAGAGGAAGUAUGUGGAUAAAUUGGAGAAGAUCUUCCAGAAUGCCCCAGCGGACCCUACCCAAGACUUCAGCACCCAGGUGGCCAAGCUGGGGCAUGGCCUUCUCUCUGGAGACUACUCUAAGCCAGCACUGGAGUCAGGUGAUGGAGAGCAGGUACCAGAACAAAAGGAAGUUCAAGAUGGCAUUGCCCCUCGAAUGUUCAAGGCCCUCAUUGGCAAGGGCCACCCUGAGUUCUCCACUAAUCGGCAGCAGGAUGCCCAGGAAUUCUUCCUACAUCUUAUCAACAUGGUGGAGAGGAAUUGCCGGAGUUCUGAAAAUCCAAAUGAAGUGUUCCGCUUCUUGGUGGAAGAAAAGAUCAAAUGCCUGGCCACAGAGAAGGUUAAGUACACUCAGCGAGUUGACUACAUCAUGCAGUUGCCUGUGCCCAUGGAUGCAGCCCUUAACAAAGAGGAGCUUCUAGAGUACGAAGAAAAGAAGCGGCAAGCCGAAGAGGAGAAAGUACCACUGCCAGAGCUGGUUCGGGCCCAGGUGCCCUUUAGCUCCUGCCUGGAAGCCUAUGGGGCCCCUGAGCAGGUGGAUGACUUCUGGAGUACAGCUCUCCAGGCGAAGUCUGUCGCUGUCAAGACCACACGGUUUGCCUCCUUCCCUGACUACCUGGUCAUCCAGAUCAAGAAGUUCACCUUUGGCUUAGACUGGGUGCCCAAGAAGCUGGAUGUGUCCAUUGAGAUGCCAGAGGAGCUAGAUAUCUCGCAGUUGAGGGGCACAGGGCUACAGCCGGGAGAGGAGGAGCUGCCUGACAUUGCCCCACCCCUGGUCACUCCGGAUGAGCCCAAAGCACCCAUGCUGGAUGAGUCCGUCAUCAUACAGUUGGUGGAAAUGGGCUUCCCUAUGGAUGCCUGCCGGAAAGCCGUGUACUAUACAGGAAACAGUGGGGCCGAAGCAGCCAUGAACUGGGUCAUGUCGCACAUGGAUGAUCCAGAUUUUGCAAAUCCCCUUAUCCUGCCUGGCUCCAGUGGGCCUGGCUCUACAAGUGCAGCGGCUGAUCCCCCGCCAGAGGACUGUGUGACCACCAUUGUUUCCAUGGGCUUCUCAAGGGACCAGGCCCUGAAAGCUCUGCGGGCCACGAACAAUAGCUUAGAGCGGGCUGUCGACUGGAUCUUCAGUCACAUCGAUGACCUAGAUGCAGAGGCUGCUAUGGACAUCUCAGAGGGACGCUCAGCUGCUGACUCCAUCUCUGAGUCUGUGCCAGUGGGACCUAAAGUCCGGGAUGGUCCUGGAAAGUAUCAGCUUUUUGCCUUCAUUAGUCACAUGGGCACGUCUACUAUGUGUGGUCACUAUGUCUGCCAUAUCAAGAAGGAGGGCAGAUGGGUGAUCUACAAUGACCAGAAAGUGUGUGCCUCCGAAAAGCCGCCCAAGGACCUGGGCUACAUCUACUUCUACCAGAGAGUGCUCAGCUAAGAGCCUGCCCUCAACCCCUACCCUUCAGGCAGGGGACAGGCCAUCUGGCAUGAGGGACAGGGGCUGAGGGAUGGACUUCAGCCCCCUGCUCUGUACCCUUUUUCUUUUUGCCCCCAGCAGGAGGAAAGAGCUGGAGGCCAUGGGAGAAGGCCAAACAAAGAGGAGGGGUACUCACUAGACUUUGGGGAUAGAGCAGGGACAGGACAGGAAGGGGCCAACUGCCUGUCCACAGUGGGACCUUGUUGCUUCCUUUCCCUGCCCCUUGAACCCACAGUGCUCUGCUUCUGUGAUGGCCCAGCCCCUGCCAUGGGGAGGGGUCUUACCUGUGUGUGCGUGGAUGUGGCUUUAUGCAUCUUUCCAGGGGAGGGAGCGACUGUGCCUCCCCUCCCCCCUACGUGUUUGCUCCCUUGUCGUGGGGCAAAGGUGGCUACGAGGGAAAUAGGACCCUCCCCCACACCCUUUGCCCUUCUGCCUCAGCCUCCCGUUUUGUCUUAUGGUCCUCUGGAAAAAUGCCAAAAUACAUGAUGGGAAUAAAAGUACCACAGCGGA